AAGCGGUUCACAUUAAACCAAACAGCAGCGAUUCGGUGUCCGUUUAGCAGCUUCGUCAUGGCCCUUUUUCGGUUAGCUCGGGCGGCUUAAAUCGCAGCUUGGCGCCGGAUAUGAGGACACUUUUACUCGGUUAAAAGUUCACGCUGCACACAGUUACUGCUGGUUCAUAACGAUGUUGAACGGCGUUUCUCUGCGGGCUCAGAUCACCUCCAUAAUCGAUGUGCUGUCCAAAGCGGCCGUGGCAGAAAUCGCCAAAGUUGUGGAGGAUGGGAUGGUGGUGCUGCGGCUGGAAAUGUGUCAGCGUGAAAACGAGAUCAAGAAGCUGAAGAGUAACAUCGAGCUUCUGCACAACGAGCUGAGAGAAGCCCAGGAGAGAGUGACCCUGCGACCCGACCACCGGGGGAGAGAUGAUACUCAGAGCGACGUUGGUGAUCAGAGGAACAUUGUGGAAAAUGUGCCCGUUGAAACAAAACAAAGCAGCCUGUCCUUAUCUGAGGUGCAGGUGAAACGUGAACCUGUGGAAGAAGGGAGCGAAGAGGCCGGCGGACAGUCUGACCAACGGGCCUUGUAUGAAGGGGAGCGUGCCCGAUGGAGACCGGAAACACAAACUCAAGCCGGACGCAACAACUCUGAUUAUUUAAACGCGGGACAGAACGCGGCGUCGUAUCUCCCCGAGUGCUCUCUGGACUCCCGACUGGCCGGACCCUGCAGCGGCUCGGGCGGGUUUCAGCAGAGCCUGUGGAGCCGGGGGCUGCUCGGGAACAAUCAGUACCGCAGCUCGUACAGCGCAGUGCGGAGGAGGACGACCAAGAGGUUGAUGUUUAAGAAGGGCUUCCUCUGCCCGUACUGCGGGAAAUACUUUGAGCGCUCGGGGCACCUGGAGAGGCACAAGAUGAUCCACACUGGGGAGAAACCGUACCGCUGCGAGAUCUGCGGCAGGCGCUUCAAUCAGAAGUGCAGCCUAAAGGAGCACAUGAAGAUUCACAGGAGAUGUGUCCAGCCACACCCAGUUGAGAUCCAAAUGAUUGAACAGAAGCAGAUUCCCGAGGUGAAUCCAUGUCCUGAGACUCAUCCGCCCGAGACAGAGAGCCAGAAGAAAGCUGAGGAAGCCCCGCCGCCUAAGAACGAGGACACAACACCUGUGAGAGUGAAAUCUGAGCCUGCAGAGGAGACGAUAACUCAACCAGUGUUUGAGGAAGGGAACCAGGAGAUGGUGGAAGGAGUAGACGACCUCAGUGAGACGACAUUUCAAAGAGACGGACAGCAGUGGAUGUCCACGCCUCAAGGACAGAACGGCUCAGAGCUCAGUAGGACAGAGUAUCUCAGCGGCCCAGCGCAGAGCUCCUCGUCCUUCCCCGGGAUAUCUCAGAUACUCUCCACGCCUGUUGAAGCGUCUUGUAGCACAUUCUCCUUUUCGGGGAAACCGUACGGGGAACAGAAAAACAGCCUGACUCCUCAAACGGCGUACGCAUCCUCAGACACGCUCAUGCUGUCAGGUGACGCCGGACUGCACGGCAUGGCGGGAUCCACGCUGACUAACCACAUGCAGAGAGGAGGCGUGUCUUUUCAGAUGAUCAAACCGAAGAAGUGCUUCCUCUGCUCGUACUGCGGGAAGAUCUUUGAGCGAGCCGGUCACCUGGAAAGGCAUUUACGGAUUCACACCGGGGAGAAGCCGUACGGCUGUCAUGUCUGCGGGAGGUGCUUCAACCAGAAGAGCAGCCUGAAGGGCCACAUGAAGACGCACAGAAAUGGGGAGACCACCGACAUGCUGGAGCCACACCCCCUCAUGUUUACAAUGCCUGAUAAUCAUCUACUGAAGGACCCGGCAGCUUCUGAAGAACACGUACCCGGCUCCACGUUCACAGAGGCAGCUGGUGAGCAGGCAGUGAUGGUAAAGCUGGAGCGGAGCAGGGAGGAUUUUCAGGCUUUAAGUCAGGCCGCGCACGAUAACGGCACAGGAGCACAUGACCAAAUUCAGCUGUGGACGUCUGAGAGGACAGAGAGGAGGAGUGAUGCCGAUGAACAAAACGUGUGUUUACUUCUACCUGAUGUCAAGUAUCACAUCAGUCCUGUUACCGGAGCAACCGGUGAGCAGGGAUACACGUCACCAGAUCAAGACCUGCCUUUCCUAGACCACAAAGAAAAGGAAGACAUGAUGCACAGUGAUCAGUACUCGAUUAUGGGGAGAAGUUCUGAUCACACUCUAGCACCUGAGUUACAAGACCAGCACAUCAUACAAGCUGUGACCGUGAACGAGUACGCCGCUGUGAGUGACGGGACUCAAGAGGGAGGGGUGUUUGAAUUUUCGAUGAUCGCCUCGGGCAACGACGAGGACAACUGCGGAGGAGACGCGACCAGACAAAACUGCUUCAUAUGCUCGGCUUGUGGGCAAAGCUUUGAUAGUUUCAAUUUCUAUCAAAGACAUCAGUGUCAAACCAUCAGCGAGCAAUCCUUCAGCUGUCACAUAUGCGGGAAAUAUUUCAACCAGAUGAGCGUCCUGAAAUUGCACCUUAAGCUGCACGUUCAAUCAUACAUCUGCCUCACAUAUCACGUUGCAUGCAUCAAUAUGGCGACCUGCAUUCCCUUUCAAACCCAGCUGUCCUCAAUAAUGGAGGUUUUGGUUAAAGCAGCAGUGUCAGAGAUAUCCAAACUAGUCGAUGACAAAUGUGCGUUUUUGCACCUUGAAAUAUCCCGAAAGCAAAGCGAGAAUGACAUGCUGAAGAGGAAACUAUUAAUGAUGGAGAACAAAACUGCUCAGUUGCAGCGAGGGUUUGAGAACUACAUGGACCGAGGAACUGAUGUGGGGGGAAGCUGUCCGCACCCUGCAGGAGACAUGAAGUUUCCUGAGAUUACAGAUGCCACGGUUUCAUUCACAAUUAAGGAAGAGAGUCCAGAUGAGACGCUGUGGAUCACUGACUCUGCUGGACCUAUGGGUUCUGCUGUUUCGUUCCCUAAUCCAGCCGCUGCUCCAGAGAGCCAGCAGCUAGAAAACGGCCGUCGGUUAAACCCUUCAGAGGUCUCCAGGCGAAAAACAUCCGACUUUGGUGAGUUGUAUAACGCUGGGCAGCUUGCAGGAGACAUCGGCGACCUUCAGUUUAACGUCAAGACGGAGAAGGAGGAGAACCAAUCGGGAUACAGUCGCGACGGAUGCCAGCACAUCGUGGGGAAGCAGACUCAACUCGCAGCAGAUUUCUCCAUGGACGAACGAGAGAAUCAGCUCUGGUCGUCCAUCAUCGAAGGCGAGGACAUUGAUGCGGGUUUUCCUGACUUUUCCAGCGUGGUGGAGGAGUAUUCUCAAACGUUCCCGGACCAUUCUGAUGCUCACCUGGGUUCAAAUAAGUCGGCCGGUGUUCAGCAGCUGUCCGCUCAGAGGCCGUGUAAUGGGAUGUUCAACAGCGAGUAUCAGAAGGACGCUCCGCAGUCGUCCAGUUUUCAGUCCAGACCUCAGGGCGCUCAGCCGCAGAAGGAUCAGAUUUACCCGCAGAGAAACCCGUCGCAUGCUGCCCAUCUGAGACAGCCAGAUCAACAAUCGGAGAGGGAGGCCUCGGCUGGAGAAAGACAGGUCGUAACUCCGGCGCCAAACACUUUCACAUCGGGCAACUUCCACACCUCCCACAGACCCCCCUCAGGCAUGGCGCGGGGCUACGUCUGCUCGCAGUGCGGGAAGGCGUUCAGCCGCCUGCACCAGUUCAAGCUACACCAGCAGAGCCACAAGAGGAAGCGCGCGUUCUGGUGCACGGUGUGCGGCAAGAACUUCCAGUGCUCCUCCCACCUCAGCAUUCACUACCGCACGCACACGGGCGAGAAGCCGUUCGGCUGCGGACAGUGCGGGAAGAGGUUCACGCAGCAGAGCAGCCUGAGGGUCCACCAGCGCACACACAGCGGGGAGCGGCCCUACAGCUGCUCGCUGUGCGGGAAAUCCUUCAUCAUGAUGCACCAUUUGAAGCGGCACAGAAUCAUCCACACAUACAGCUGAGGGGGAGACGCACAGAGAGGCGUACUGCUCAGGUGACCUUGAAAACCAAACGAAAGAGACAUUCAGUCGCAGCUUUUUCUCUUUGGUAUUUAUACCUAUGAGGUAUUUCUCACAGACUUUGUAAAUUAUGGCAUAUUUGACUAUGCAAAGUUCCUAGUGGAUGGAUUUGACGCUUUUUUUUAAAAUUACUUGUCUUGUUGUUUUUAUUUAAACUCAAAACUGAACUGAACCCAAAAAAAACAGAAUUCACAAAUAUCAGUAUUUUCAAGACACUUCCUAAGCUAGAAAUCCCAAAAAAAACAAAGUCUACAAAGUGGAGUCAUAAAAGGAAAAACAUUCCCACGGAUCCCCUCUUUGUCUUACCUGCAUAUAUACUGACAUUCACUCAUUGAUGCAGUUUGUUUUAGCUUCUCCCGUAGAACCCGGCCUUAUUUAUCCCAGCACUGAAGCUGCAGAAGCACAAGAUGCUCUUUAACCCCUUAUGGAUUCUUCCCUUGUCAUUCCUAGCCAGCGAAGCACCUCUCAGGACUACAUUUGGUGUUAACAUGAAGAAGAAGAAAAGAAAAAAAUAAACAACCUGCCUGCCUUUUGUUCAAAGAUGAAUUUUUUCCAUGAAAUGUUUUCCCAAAAGUCCUUCACCCUUAGGUAUGAUUUAUAAUAAAUGUUUGUUUAAAUUUGCAA